CGCCACCAAAGCAUAACAUGGACCAACUCGGCUGGAAGAAGCGCACAAUUUUCCCCGCACUUCCUGGAGUGCGGAGCAAAUUCGUUAAACCCCAGACGGAGACGGCGUGAUUUCCCUUGUAAACUGAGUCCUAACUAUUAUGGCUGAUAGCACCAACCCAACGGUGUACGAGAUUUUUCAAAGCAUGGAGCAGGGACCAGCUGCAGCUACUAGCACUGCCACUGCUCAGGCCUGGCUGGACCAUCACUCCCGUUCUCUGGGUUUCUUCAUGGAUGGGAAGUUCAUCCUGCCAGCAGACAGACGGAGCGUCUCCCUGACCGAUUCUAAAGGCGGUGUCGUGUGCAGCACGGCGUGCGCCGAGGACGCUGACAUUUCCCAGUGUGCUUCUUCUGCCGCCGCCGGCUGGACGUCCUGGAGCAGCCUGAGCUGCUCCCAGAGAGCCAAGGCCCUGCUGAGGUUGGUGGGCGUCCUCGGGCUGCACGGUCAGUGUGUGUCGGAGUUGUGUGCGCUGUGUGAGGCGUCCUGCUCGCCCGCCGCCCUGGUCAGGCUGCUGCAGUACUACAGCAGCUGGGCUCAGCUCAGAGACAUGCUCAUACCCGGCUGGACGCCUGUCGGCGUGGUUGUAGUCGUCUCUUCUGAUGACUGCUCUCUCUAUCCCCUCAUCCUCAAAGUCCUCCCGGCGCUGGCCAUGGGCAACUCGGUGAUUGUCGUUCCCGGUCGGAGCGUCGCCCCUCCAACGCUUCUCUUAGCGCAGCUCUUUACCGCAGCAGGGCUUCCUGCCGGGACUCUUAACAUCCUAACAGGAAGUGAUGUCACAUUGGGCGCCAAAGUGUCCCGGAAUCCCGACGUGAGAUUGAUCUCUUACUGUGGCAACAAGCAGGAUGGGCUGGCUCUGUGUGAGGCCUCAGCGGGGAUGGGCGUCCCCGUGUCCAUCUCCUCAUGCGUUGGUGCUACCUGCCCCUUUAUCAUCUUCGAGUCCGCUGACAUUGACAGCGCCGUGGAUGAAGUCAUACAGAUAGCUUUCAAGAAGAAGAAAGAGGUCCACUGGGUGCUGUGUGUUCAGGAGAGCGUGUCGGACAGCGUUGUGGCCCGGCUAAAGCUGCGCAUGGCGGACAUGAAGAGUGUACCUCUGAGCAGCGACGCGGACAGGGUCCUGGUGGAUGCUGCAGUACAAGAGGCUCUGCAGCAGGGGGCGACGCUGGUCCAGCCCUGCGGUGCCAGUACCGGGGCCCGGUACCCGCCCACGGUGCUCUGUGGGGCGGCCCCCUCCUCUCCGUAUGUGGUCACCCCCCCUCCUGGACCGCUGCUGCCUCUGCUGACGUUCAGGAGCAACACAGAAGCUGUGCUGCUGGGGAACCACAGCCCUCAUGGCCACGCAGCAUCCAUCUGGACUGAAGACCUCACCCUGGCUCUGGAGACCGCUAAGAGUCUGUCUGUGGGCUCGGUGUGGGUGAACUCGAGCUCCGUCUCAGAUCCCUGUUUUCCCGUUUCCGGUCACAAAGACAGCGGAACCGGCACCGACGGAGGACAGGAGGGUCUGUACCAGUUCCUGCGUCCUUCCUUUUCAUCCCCUCUUCCUUGUCCGUCUCCUGUUUCUUUGGAAUACUCAAAGUUUGGAACAGAAGCUGCCCAGGUUGUUAUUCCUGAUAGCCCAGACGGUGCCAGCAUCCCUCAGUCGUACCCUCAGUUUGUCGGUGGGAAAGCAUGUAAAUCGGUGUCUGGCUGCAGUGUGGCUGUUCAAGCACCAGGGGGCGACAGCGUGCUGGUCUUUUGUCCUGAUGGAGGCCGCAAAGACGUCCGGAAUGCCGUGGAGGCUGCGAUCAAAGUUCAACCUGGCUGGAUGAAGAAGAGUCCGUCUGCACGCGCUCAGUCGCUCUACUCUCUGGCUAAAGGUUUGGAAUCCAGGAGGAAGGAGGUUUGUGCGUCGCUCGGCGCCCAGCUGGGGGUUCCAGCCGAGGAAGCUGACAGAGAGGUGGAGCUCAGCGUUGGCCGGCUCAACGUCUGGGCGGCGUACUGUGACAAAGUACAAGGUGGCUCCCCGCCCAUGACCCAGUCCGGCGCCGCGCUCUCCUUCCCCGAACCGCUGGGGGUCGUCGGGAUCGUCUUACCCGACGACGCGCCCCUUCUCUCCCUGGUAACCGUUCUCGGGGCAGCCAUCGCAACAGGCAACGCGGUCGUCAUGGUGCCCAGUCAGAGGUUUCCACUCCCCGCAUUGGCUUUUGUUCAGGUGCUCCAGUCCUCUGACCUGCCUGCAGGUCUGGUGAACAUCAUCACGGGAAAUCGAGACCAGCUCACGGUGGCGCUGGCUAAUCACAGCGUCAUCAAGGCCAUCUGGUACUGGGGCAGCGCCCAGGGCUGUCAGUACCUGCAGCACACCUGCACCAGCCCACUGAAAACCCUCAGGCUGUCCUGGCAACAGGCCGGGGAGGGGCGCGGCGCGGCGCCGGAUUGGGCUCAGCCUAACCCGUCCCUGCUGGAAGACCUGUGGAGAAACGCGGUCCAGUGGAAAAGCGUGUGGAUUCCGACCGCGUGAGACGCCGACCCCAUCCAGCAGCAGAGAUAACAGAAGGAUGUUUGGUUAUUAGUUCUGGCGGGAGGAGGAAUCAGGUUAAUUAUUAACAGCAGUACUCAAGAUGAUUUACUCACUUUUUACAUUCUGUCCUCGUGUAUCAAAUAUAUGAGGACCAUUUUUUUAUUAUUUGUAUUCACACAUUUCUGUUUUCAUUGUGAUUGAAAUGAACAGAGGCGGUUAUUCUUUAUACUCUCAAAGUAAAAAGUGCAAUUCAAACCGAACAGUGCAGACAUGAUGUUUUAUUUUGUGUUGAAAUCAUUUCAUUUCCUCUGGAUUUAUCAGUGUUACACACAUAUUGGAUAAUGCUAUUAAAAAUAUCUGACAGUUGUCAGUAAAGUGUCGGCCUUAAAGUCUGAGACAUUGUGCUCGAUUUGGCCAAACCGCAGCAGGGUUAGUGGGCGGGGCUUCUAUCUCCAUGGUUUCAGCUCAUUUGCUCUCAUUUUGUGAGUUGAAGCGUCUGGACUUAAACACAGUGUGGUUAUUGUGUCCAGCCUUUGUUGAAAUAUCACAGUUUUAAUGAGACUUCCAGAAGUCUUCUGGCCCUUUGAAUAUUUUGAUUACCUUUUUAACCCAGGAGUUAAAAAGGUAAUUUUUAAUAGAUUCUUAAUGUUGGAUGAUUGGCGGUCGGCCAACUUCUUGCAUGUGAAAUCAAUAUUUUCUACGUCUGCAAAGAUCGUUGUCACUCUAUUUGGAGACAUUUCUAAUAGUGAUGUAUGACGACUUCUGAAGGGAUUUUAUUGUACUUGAUUUUAUUCAAGGGUGUCGGAGUGAAGGACCUAGAUACCAACUUUGUCUAAGAUUUGUUUGAUUUUUAUGACAUCGUGUCCUUCUCUUUUCACUUCAAAAUGACACACUGCUGUCAUGUAAAAUCCCAAUGAAAGAAAUUGAAGUUUGUGGUUUAUAACGUGAUGAAACAUAUAAAAGAUUCAAGAAGUAUCAAGGUACCUAUAUGCAGUUUUGAUCAGUCUCUAACGUCUCACCUAACUGCCUUACUGUUACACACCAGGAGUCUUUUCAGGUCCACCAGAGUGAAGCGUCAUCAUCAUGCGGUUCAGGAUGACUUGCAGUGUUGACUGCUUAAAGUGACUGACCUUAGUCUUCCCAGAAGGCUCAGUGCCUGCAUCUGUGGCCAAGUAUAAACAGGACUGUCAGUGAGUUAGCAAAAAAAAAGAGCUAACUCAGUUAAAAAUGACUGUACUUUUUGCUUGUAUGUCUUUAUUACUGUACCAUAAAACUGUAACAGAGGCCAUAGAUUGACUAUGCAAUGUAAGCAUUCUCUUCAAGAUGUGAAAAUCUAUGUUGAAAUUGUGAAUUUAAAUGUAUUUUAAAAUGUUUGUUACCACAGACCCACCAGGUACGUUUCUGUCCUAAGCCAUAAAUUAAAGGAGAAUUACACAAAGUGUUCAA